AUGGCUCGGAAAGGUAGCCGCAAAGUUAGAACGGGAUGCAUUACAUGCAAAGUCCGCAAGAUCAAGUGCGAUGAGACCAAGCCGGCGUGCAACCGGUGCGUCAGCACAGGGCGAAAAUGCGACGGCUACCAACACAUAACCGAGCUGCUCUCAACCAAGACCAGCCUGAAGCUCCCUACAAGCCAUACAUAUCGCACCUUUCCUGGAGUAAGCACCUCAAGCGUUAGCGAGGGCCGCGCCUUGCAAUACUUCUGUGAGGCGGUGGGCCCGUUCCUCUCAGGUGCCGUGGACCCUUACUUUUGGACACAUAUCGUCAUGCAGUUCAGCACGUUUGAGCCGUCUGUGAGACAUUCGCUCGUGGCAAUAAGCAAUCUACAUGAGCAGAUGGAAAGCCAAGACCCUGCAGGGAUUCCUCUUCAAGAUCACAGCUUUGCUUUACAACAUUAUAAUGCCGCCAUCAACGAGCUGAAGGCAAUCACGUCUCAGGACAAACAGCCCAUCGUGCUGAUUGUCUGCGUUUUAUUUAUUUGCAUUGAGUUCCUCCAGUCGAAUCGUGGAGCGGCUGUGAGGCACUGCAAGCAUGGCGUUGCGAUACUGCAAAACACCAGCCGCGAGUAUUCCUGGACCAAGGAACAUCUGCUCCCACUUUUCCGCCGCCUCGUCGAGCUGUCGUUCUUUUUUGGCGAGAAGGCUGACUGCCCCGACCUAACAGGGCUAGAGGGCCCGAUCCCGGCUUUUUUCUCAACCUAUCACGAUGCACAGAUGAUGAUUGACGACAUUUAUGGCCGAACAUUCCAGCUGAUGAAGCGAUGCGAUCCCUACCGCUCCGGACCCCAGAGGGGCGACCCCGUUUGUGACGGCAUUCUAGAGGAAAAAAGCAACAUCAAUCACUUGCUGGACCUCUGGGAAAAUUUAUUUGCACGUUUCAACUCCCAGGUAUUCUAUAACGCGACCAACAAAGCAGCAACAUACGAACGGCAAUACCCGCCGAAAGCGCUCCAGGGCUUCCUCUUGACCCGGUACGAAUGUUGCCGAAUAUGGUUGAACUUGGCCCUGAACGGCGAUGAAUGCGGAUUCGACUUGUACAUAGACAAUUUCAUGCGAAUAGCAAAGACGCUCAAAGCAAUAACGGCCGACGGUUCCCGGCACGCAAGACCGCAGACUCUUUUUACGCCGUCGACAAAAUUCUCCUUUGAGACGGGCUUCACGCCGAUGCUUUUCUCCGUCGUCGCUACCUGCCGUCAUCUUGAAACACGGCUGCAGGUUCUACAAGCCAUGCCGCUACUUGGUCUUCCGCGCGAAAGCUUGUGGGAGAUGGACACGUUGGUCGCUGUGGCACGAAGAAUGGUCGAGAGAGAACAUGCAAUCACCCUUGAUUUCUUUUGCCGGCCCACCUCUACGCCCACGUCAUCGUGGCCAGCAAAAGGAAUGAGAGUCCUGGACGUCUCAAUGGACUCGAACACGGAGGACAGAUAUAUCCGUGGCCGCUGGUUUACGGGUAAAACCGUGGGCUUUUACCAGCGUAACCAGGAGGGUGGCAUCGACGUCCACGAUGAAUUCGUCGUUAUACGGAGCGCUUCUGUCAAAGAACCAUCCCUGUCCAAGAAGAAGCUUCUGGAUGUAAACAACCUAUUUAGCCCUAGCUUCGUCGAACUCAACGACUUGACAGAGCCCUCUCUCAACGCAUUCCCGCAGUUUGAAACAUUAGAAAAGUCUGGGCAAAUCAGAUAUGGAAGGUUCGUCACCCCGAAAACACAGAUGAGGUCUAUAGCGGGUGCAUAUUCGUGGGACGUAUGGCUGGAAAGAUAG